AUGGAGAUGGGCGCCCCAGUGGGGCUGUUCGUCCUGCUGUUGCUUCUUGCAGAGCCUCGGCGGGUCCAUUCAGACUCCCCUGUUUCUCUGGAUCCACCUUUACUCAGUACCCAAACAUCUCUCAUUACUGUCACUGAAAAUGAUACACUACAAAUUACUUGCAGUGGUGAAAGAGCCUUGGAAUGGUUUUGGCCCAACAAUCAGACGAGUUCUGAAAACCGUGUGGCAGUGAUGGACUGUACGGAAAAUGUCUACUGUAAGCUCCUCACACUUAGCAAAGUAAAAGCCAAUGACACUGGAACCUACAAAUGCUUUUAUCGGGACAACCAUACAGCAGCAAGUGUUUAUGUCUAUGUGCAAGAAAAAUCUUUCAUUUAUUUGGGAAGAGUGCCAUCCUUGGUGGACACAAAAGUGGGUGAACCAGCUAAAAUUCCUGUGCUGUUCAGAGCUUAUCCAACACCAGAUGCAAAAAGGUAUAAAAAUGGAAACCCCAUUGCUGCAAAUCGUAUUGUUAAAUUCGGUUACUCCGUGACAAUUACUGAAACAAAUGAAAAAGAAGCUGGGAUUUAUACUGUUGUGCUGACCAAUCCCAUAAACAAGGAGCAGGAAAAAAAUACAUUUCAUCUGUUUGUGAAUGUUGCUCCUCAGAUUGGUGAGACUGUUCUUUUAGUUCCUGUGGAUUCUUAUAAAUAUGGCUCCACUUCUAUGUUAACAUGUGCAGUCAAUGCUGUUCCAGCAUCAGUCAAGAUUCAGUGGUGCUGGCAGUUGGAAGAAGAAUGUACUUUCAACCCUCACCAAGCUGGACUAGAAAACAAUCCUUAUUCCUGUAAGAAAUUGAAAGUUAUAACUGAUAGGAGAGAUGGGAAUCAGACUGAAAUAAUAAAACCUCGGUCUGCUAUUAUUGCUGGAAAAAAGAAGACCAUAAGCACUCUCGUCAUUCACACUACAAAUGUAUUUGCUCUGUAUAGAUGUGUGGCUAGUAAUAAAACUGGAGAAGGCAAGAGGGUGAAAUCCUUUCAUGUUUCCAGAGGUCUUGAAAUUAAUCUUCAGCCCCAAGGCCAGCCUACUGAGAGGCACAAUGUCUCCUUGCACUGCACGGCAGACAGACAGACUUUUGAGAACUUGACCUGGUUUAAGCUGAACCCUCGUGCCUCCAUGAUGAGACUUGGGAGGCUGCCCAUGCAUGUUUGCAAGAACCUGGAGGCUCUUCAGCAACAGAGUGCCAUGGCUUCAAGGGCCAACACGGAAAAAGUCACCAUGGAGCUCCUUCUCCAGAACAUUUCCCUACAAGAUAGUGGGGAUUAUGUGUGCAUCGCACAAGACAAAAAGACCAAAUUGAGACACUGUCUUGUCAAACACCUCACUGUUCAAGAAUUGGUGGUACCUACAAUUAUGGGAAACCUAGAGAAUCAAACAACAAGUAUUGGUGAAACAAUGCAAGUAUCAUGUGUAGCAAAUGGAAUCCCUUCCCCGCUCAUCACCUGGUUUAAAAACAAUAAAACUCUUGUUGAAGACUCAGGCAUUAUUUUGAAAGAUGGGAACAGGAAUCUAACCAUCCGAAGGGUAAGGAAAGAGGAUGAAGGGAUCUACACCUGCCAUGCCUGCAAUGUUCUGGGCUGCACAAAAGCAGUAGCAUUUUUUGAAGUGGAAGGGACUGAUGAGAAAACAAACCUCAAACUCAUUAUUCGGGUUGAAACUGCAGUAAUUGCCACGUUAUUCUGGUUGCUCCUUGUCAUCAUUCUAUGGAAGGUGAAACAGGCCAAAACCGAAGACCUGCCCAUCAUCAAGGACCCAAAUGAAGUCCCUCUGGAUGAGCAGAGUGAACAUCUUCCUUCUGAUGCCAGCAAGUGGGAGUUUCCCAGGGAGAGGCUCAAACUAGGUAAGCCACUAGGACYGGGAACAUUUGGCCAAGUUAUUGAAGCCAAUGCCUUUGGAAUUGACAAGGCUUCUGCUUGCCGAACGGUUGCUGUCAAAAUGCUUAAAGAGGGAGCAACAGACAGUGAACACAGGGCACUGAUGUCUGAGCUCAAAAUCCUCAUUCAUAUCGGUCAUCAUCUCAAUGUGGUUAAUAUACUGGGAGCCUGCACAAAACCAGGAGGUCCACUUAUGGUGAUUGUGGAACAUUGCAAAUUUGGAAAUUUGUCAGUGUAUUUACGAAGCAAACGAAGUGAUUUUAUUUCAUACAAGACUAAAAAAGAGAGGUUUGGACAUAAAAAUGGAGAGGAAUUGAAGAAACGCUUGGACAGUAUCACGAGUAGCCAAAGUUCAGCAAGUUCUGAGUUUGGAGUAGAGAGAUCCCUUACUGAUGUGGAAGAAGGAGAAGCAACAUCAGAAGAUCCUUAUAAAAAUGCUCUAACCUUGGAGGACCUUAUCUGCUACAGCUUCCAGGUGGCCCGGGGGAUGGAAUUCCUGGCCUCACGGAAAUGUGUCCACCGAGACCUGGCAKCUCRAAAUAUCCUUUUAUCAGAGAACAACAUUGUCAAAAUUKGUGAUUUUGGAUUGGCUCGGAAUAUGUACAAAGAUCYUGACUAUGUCAGCAAAGGAGAUGCUAGGUUACCCCUGAAAUGGAUGGCACCAGAAACAAUUUUUGACAGAGUGUACACAAUUCAGAGUGAUGUGUGGUCCUUUGGUAUAUUGCUGUGGGAAAUAUUUUCCUUAGGAGCUUCGCCAUAUCCUGGUGUUAAAUUUGAUGAGGAAUUCUGUAGAAGACUGAAAGAGGGGACACGAAUGCAGCCUCCGGAUUAUACAACACCUGAAAUUUAUCAGACCAUGUUGGACUGCUGGCUUGAAGAACCCAAACAGAGGCCAACUUUCUCAGAUUUAGUGAAACACCUGGGAAACUUACUGCAAGCAAGCGUACAUCAGGGUGGAAAGGACUAUGUUGACCUUCCUCAGAUUGCAUUGCUGAAUACUGAGGAAGAUUCUGAACGCUCUGCGCCAACUUUCCCUAUUCCUUGCAGAGAAGAAAAGGAACUCUGUAAUACUCAAUCUCAUUAUGACAGCACACUGGAAAUGAGGUUAGUAACAUAAGAGAUAUGUUAAGCAUUUCCACUUCAAUU